AUGACGAAGCAGGCGGAAACCAACUCGGUCCAGACGACGGCGAACAGCAAGGACGAGGACUGGAAGACCCAGGCCCCGUACGUGCCCCCCGGCAAAGCCCACCCCGACGGCGACAACUUUCAGAAGAAGAUCCGCGGCGCGUGCCAGUGCGGUCAGGUGUCGUACUGGCUCCAGAAAGAGAAGCCGUUGGCGUCCAAGUACUGCCAUUGCAAGGACUGCCAAAAGAUGCAUGGCGCACCAUUCCAAUGGGCCGCCAUCUUCCACAAGGAAGAUCUUGCCUUUGAGAAGGGUGUGGACGGUCUGGUCUUUUACUCCUCCGGCAAGAACCUCCAGGGCCACGAUCUACCCUGCAAAGUCAGCUGCGGAUUCUGCGGCAGCCGCAUCAUGGACGAGGGCCGGAACAUGGUGUUGCUGUUCCCCGGGUUGUUGCACUUUGAUGGCGAGCAGAAGCGCAAGAACUUUGAAGUCCAGAUGCACAUCUUUUACGGCCAAAGAGUCGUCGACCUGCCUGAUGGAAAGCCCAAAUGGAGCGGCCUGGAUGAGAAGAGUGAAAAGAUGGAGGAGGAAGUGGUAGAUGUUAAGCACAAGAAGCAAAAGACGGAUCAUGCCAACGGCGAAUAG